GAUACGCCGGGUUCGCAACGUUGACCUGGGAGCGAACGACGAGGGAUACAUUGGGGUUUGGAACGUUGACCCGGGAGCGAACGACGAGGGAUACAUUGGGGUUUGGAACGUUGACCCGGGAAAGAACGACGAGGGAUACAUUGGGGUUUGGAACGUUGACCCGGGAAAGAACGACGAGGGAUACAUUGGGGUUUGGAACGUUGACCCGGGAGCGAACGACGAGGGAUACAUUGGGGUUUGGAACGUUGACCCGGGAGCGUGUUGCAUUCUUCGAAGUGGAGAUGGGAGAUGCCGCUGGACACGCCUUCCCCGUGCACAGCGCGUAGGCGCUGCCCUGCACCGUGCGGGGAGGGGGAGGGGGAGAAUCGCUGUGACAGACAGGCGAACACACACACACACACACACACACACACACAUUUAUAUAUAUUUAUAUAUAUAUAUUAAUAGAGGCAGAUAGAGACAAACAAGGGGAAGAAGGUAGCCAGACAAGCUUUCGCCAGCCCGAGCGGGGCGAAUGAGCCGAGCCCGAAGCGCCAGCAGCCCCGGAUCAUGCCGAACCAGAAGAACGUCAAGGGCAGGAAAAACAAGCGCACCAACAGCAGCGGAGACGAGCAGGACGCUGCGGCCGGGGCUGCCGCAUUUACAGCGGGGGCCGGGGCAGCAGGAGCUGGGGCCGGAGGCGCUGCAUCGGGCCAGUCGGAAACAGGCAACGAUCACGAAGCUCCCUGCGCCUCGCCGCUGGUGUGCAGCUUUGGACGGCCAGUUGAGCUGGACAAGGACGACUACCAACGCGUGGUGUGCAACAAUGAGCACUGCCCGUUCGGCAACUGGAUGCACCUGCAGUGCUUCUACGAGUGGGAGAGCAGCAUCCUGGUCCAGUUCAACUGCAUCGGCCGGGCCCGCAGCUGGAACGAGAAGCAGUGCCGCCAGAACAUGUGGACCAAGAAGGGCUACGACCUGGCCUUCCGCUUCUGCUCCUGCCGUUGUGGCCAGGGCCACCUGAAGAAGGACGUGGACUGGUACCAGGCUCGCCGGCGGCAGGACGACAAGAAGAAGAAGGCGGGCGCCCCCGCUGCCGGCGGCUGCGAGCGGGGCGGCGCCAAGAGCGGCGAGCCCUCCCCCGAGGAUGGCAAGAAGUGCAAGCUCAACCGGGUGCCCAGGUCUCACGACGCCCAGCGCCGGCAUUCCGUGGACCGGCAAAACUCCCAGGAGAAAGGGACCGGCAACGGGGGCCAGGGCCCCGGGCACAGGGACCACUUCAGGUCGCCCUGCGGCUCCCCCCCCGAACCGUCCCCGCCGCCCUCGGCGCACCCCUACCUCGCCUUCUCAGCCGGCGGGCCGCCCCGCGGCGCCCGGCACCUGGGCGAGUUCCUCAAGACAGCGCUGCACGCGGAGACCUGCCGGAAGCUGCUGCCCAGCGGCGCGCGGCUUGGCCAGCCCGAACUGGGCCCCCCAGCCUCCCGCCUGGGGCCGCUGGACUCGCCGGUGCGGUUCCUCCGCCGGCUGGACCUGUCCGAGCUGCUGACCCGCGUGCCCAAGCACAAGAUGAACACCUACCACGUGCGGAUGGAGGAUGACGCCCAGGUGGGUCAGGGAGAGGAGCUGCGGAAGUUUAUCCUGGCAGCGCUGAGUGCCAGCCAGAGGAAUGUGGUGAACUGUGCGCUGUGCCACAGAAUCCUCCCGGUCUUUGAACUCUUCCCCCUGGUGGACGGGACUCUCUUUCUCAGCCCUUCCAGACACGAUGAGAUUGAAUACGAUGUCCCCUGUCACCUCCAAGGAAGGCUCAUGCACCUAUAUGCCAUUUGCGUGGACUGCCUAGAAGGGGUACAUAAGAUCAUUUGCAUCAAGUGCAAGUCGCGAUGGGAUGGGAGCUGGCAUCAGCUGGGAACCAUGUACACGUAUGACAUCCUGGCUGCGUCUCCGUGCUGUCAGGCCAGGCUGAACUGCAAACACUGUGGGAAGCCAGUUAUCGAUGUGCGAGUGGGGAUGCAGUAUUUCUCCGAGUACAGCAACGUCCAGCAAUGUCCACACUGUGGCAAUCUAGACUACCAUUUUGUAAAACCCUUUUCUUCAUUCAAAGUGUUGGAAGCUUAUUGACAAAUGCUUUCUCUUUAUUUUUUUCUAGAGUAAUUAAUAUGUAGGAUGUAGUACUUUGUUUGGGUUGCUUGUGUGUAAGUCUUUAUGCAGUGUUAGCCAGUGACAGGGAUGGGGGUGGGUGGGCAUUGUAGGGAAGGGUGAAGGGUUAGACUAAGAGGGCAAGUCCCUUGUUCUAAGCAAAAAAAAAAGAUUUGCAUACAAGCAGCUGGUUUCUGAUAUUAUCCGUGCAAAAUGGUGAAAAGCAUGUCCUGUUUCCACCCUUUUACGCUCCAAAGAAUGGGAAAGGUUUUGUUUUUAAUUAUUAUUUGGGGUUUGACGGUUGAAUGUAUCUGUACACCAGGCCGGAGACCUUCCCUUUGGCCUGUACUAUUUUUCUGUCUGCAUUGAGACGUGAAGACUUGGCACGGUUCACGUUGGGUUGGGUUGGGUUAGGUUCAAGAGAAGCUGGAGUCACGGGGCGAGUAUUGGAGGGAGGGGCCGUGGGGCAAGUAAGAGGUACCUGGCUUCUGACUUUUAUCAGUUGGGGGGCGUUGGGGGGGGGCCACGUUCACCUCAGUUUGUCCUCGAUUGG